AUCUAUUUUGAUCAUGUAUAUUUGUAAUUAUUUAUUUAGAUUUAGAUUGAUUAUAUUUGUAUCAAGUAAUGGUUACUAUAGCAACAAUUGCCAAACAAUAAUGUGUUCUAUAUUGUUGUGUAUGUUUACAUUAAGUUCAUAAUACAAGUAUUCCUGCAACAGGCAUUAUUAAAUAAUGCAUACAUUAAAAUUGAUAAUGAUAGGACCAACUAAGAGCGGGAAGACUACGAUAGCGAAUUUUUUAGCAGAUGCUACAGAAAUUCCAUAUGAUUAUCGUCCAACUCAAGGUGUACGAAUACUAGAGUUUGAAGUGAAUGACAUUGAAAUAAACGAUGAACACGUCUCAAGGGACAUCGAGCUGUGGGAUUGUAGUGGAGAUUAUAAAUUUAAAAGCUGCUGGCCAGCUAUACGUAAAGGCGUGCAUGGUGUAAUACUUGUAUAUAGUGCAAAAAUACAGGAUUCUUCAACACAGUUGAAAGAAUUUUAUGAUUAUUUCAUAAAUCGAGCGAAACUGGGUCCAAACAAUUGUGUAAUAUUCUUUUUUAAUCCUGAUAAUACUGCAUCAAGUGCAUCAAAAAUUAUUUCAUCUAGCUUCUCUAAUGUCUCUCAUGUCAAGUGUAAUGUGGAUGAUGAUGGGGAUAAACUAAAAGAUGAUUUUCGAUUAUUCUUAAAUACCUUAAUGACAAAACUGCAAGAAAACAAAGAAGAAAAAUUAAUAUUGAAUGACAAUAUAUUAUUCUCUAAAUAA